UUGGAGUAAUUCCGCCCCUAUGUGGCCAAAAACGGUUAACACAGCUCUACAAAUGACCUCAAAGUGCCAAAUGACAGCUACUCGGGUGAUGGUGAGCAAAAACAAAUGAGCCCAUCCUGUUUGGAGUACCGGGUCGUGGCUGUAGUUUCCAACACUCAUCAUCUAACACAAACAGUGGGGUGUACAUGUAAAAGCGCUAACGAACUGCCCCCGCCCUCAUGUCUUCAUGCCUCCUGUGGUAAAGGUUUCCUGUGUAGCGUUUAUGCGCUGCGUAAAAACCGACUCCUGCCGUGACCGCUGGAUUCCUUCCUCUCAUUUUUGGACAUGCCAAUUGAUCCAAACGACCGCACGGAACAGCCUGGAGGCGGUAUGAACCUCUCCCCUCACCCCCACACCGUCUCUCUGUCCAGCCUUCUUUACAGGACACUCUGUCUGGCACACGUGUAUCUAAUUUAGGUGACUCUGCGGCGCUGCGCCCCUGACAGCGCAGAGGUUUCCGUUAGAAGGAAAUGAUGGAGAAGGAAAGUUUCUGACGCCUCUCCGUUUCGUUGGGGGACUGUCCACAGGAAAACUGGAGAUCAUUUUCGCCUUGCUUUGUUUGCUCGUCCGCAUCAUAACGCACAGAUACUGUAAAUCUGGAAAAAUCUGUAUGGAUUUGGGAUUAAUACGGUCUUCGACACUGAAAUGUCUCAGGAUUGGAAAUGCAGCUCCACGCCUGUCUGUUGCUUCUUAUUAUCACAACAGAUAAAACAUUGGCCUUGCCGCACCGCCAGUGUGGUGGAAAUGUCACCCUGGACCAAGAGCCUGCUGGUAACAUCAAUCUCACCCUACCAGGACUUUUUACUGAGACCAACAGGCUCGACCCAAUGAACCACCAGACUGACCAAACCCUGCCUGUUUCCAUUUGCACUUGGAUGUUUGAUAUUCCUCUGGGUCGGAUGGUACAUUUAAAGUUACUGUGGUUGGAAAGUGGUUCAAGCAUAUCAGUGCGCUGUGUUUGGAAUGAGGAAGAUCAGGUCUUGGAGAGCGGGGGGACUGCCCUGCUCUCAGGCUGUGACAGAAACAAAGCUAUCCUCACUUGGACAGGAACAAGACACUACUCAAAUGCAAUUAAGCUGUCCUAUUAUGUUCAGGAAGAUGAGAGGAAUUCCUCGGAGGACCACACCAGCCCACAUUCAGAUCAAGACCUUGCGCAUUGGUCUCAGACAGGAACCAGCUUUACAAGCGCUGCUCCUGUUAGGCAAGAGGUGGUGAGAGGGACAGAAGGGGGCAGAGGUCGCCUCUACGAAGGUCUGGAGUCGAGCUCUGGGCCUCAAUCUGUGUCUGGUCCCUCUACUCUGGACCAGGGGCUGAGGCACCCCACCUCACCCCUGCCGGGACUCACUGUGGCUGGGAGAGCCGAUAGGGAAACUCUCCCUCUUCCUGAGGAAGAACCAAACAAUGGAGCGGAUACAUCUGGGGCUGCUCAACUCGCUGAUAGUCCCAUGUCUGCCAGAGAGAGAACACACCCCUAUUUUCACACACAGCAUACACUCAGUACUGACACACUCUUUCACACAGCAAAUACAGAAACAAGCUCUAACGACGAGUUCCCUAAAACCCAGGUGGCAUACACGCUGACAGAUUCAGCAGUCAGUAGCUCCAACACCAUGCUUGGCACAGAUAUGCACAUAUAUACUCAGACAGAUAUACACACAGACAAACAUAAAACUACACAAGCUCACCCCACUGUGUCCAGCUCCAGCGUCCUUCCUCUCACCUCCUCUCCCCCUGACCUACUUUCCCUGACAUCUAGGGAGAGUGGCACCAUCCUAAUCCCACAUGGUGGAGCUGUUAGUGGGGCACCCGUAGAGAAGCAGCCCCAUGCCUGGAGGAUCCAGCGAAGCACCUACAGGCUUAACUCUGAUCUGCUAUCCGCCAUCACCCAUGACCCUUUACAAUCACCUCAGUGGGAUGAUUCAAGCAGUGCAAACACUGAUACUGAACCUACUGUAUCAUCAGGGAGCCCCAGCAGGACGCAUUCAUCCACCACCCACAUCCCAAAGCUUGACUCUGUUGUUGGAACUGUGGCAGCGUCAUCUCAUCCAAACAUUAGUCGAACUGACUCAUUUGUAUCCGCUGCAUCAGAUGUUUCCAGUCAGACUGUGCCGUUUGAGUCCACUGCUAUGUUUGAAAACACAAUGAAGCUUCACACUCGUCACACGUCUGACCUGGAUUCAGCUUCACGGACUCAAACAAACACUCUGCAAAGCACAGAGAGCCUCACACACUCGCCAUCUCAUCACAUGUCAUCCCCAUUCACACAGACAGGCAAAGAAGACACGCAAACAGCAACACAAAGUACACAAAGAAAUGUUGUUAAUGCAUACAUGACUACAACCUUGCCUGAUAUCACCAAAGCCGAUGACUGGAUUUCAGGUUUCACAGAUUCGUCUUCUACACCCAGAGCACCGAUGACAUUGGGAGAUGUAGUCCAGAGCUCAGCUGACACGGGAACUAACACACUGGAUACCACUCAGACACACUUAAAUGAAAGCUCACCCACACACAAGUCCUUCCCGGCAAAUUCACAGACUCCUGUUCCUUUUUUCCCAUCUAGUACAUCCAUACACUCACCUACACCCGAAUACUCGCUCCAAACACAUGCUACGUUUCCUGGUACAGCCAUGCCUUUGAGCUCCGCUGCCACUGAAUCCUCUGCGCACACAGAAUUCGUCGACCCCAAAACCACAGCUACACCUGCACAAACAUCAACUAAAUCUACAUCUACACACACGCAUCAAACACAUAUCAACCUGCCUUUUCCCUCCUCUACUAUUGUCCCUGCUACACAUAAACAGUCCAACAACUAUAUUACCACCACGCAUACUGCUCUGUCCUCGUUCACAACCGAAAACACAGAUUAUGAACAUGGAGAUAGAGAGGUAGAAGACAAGUCUCGGCAGUUGCCCCCCCGCAGCACAACUGCACACACUCCCACAGCUGGACCUCCACAGCAACCCCCAUCCUGGACGACCCCGCAUCCCAGCCAGGAGAGCCAUUUUGCACACACACCAUCUUCUUCGACUUCUGCACCCACUUGGAGCUCCACAACGACUCAGACACCCAAGUUCUACAUUGUGCCAGACCAGAAUGCAGCCAUCAGAGUGGAGUCAAUUGAGCUGCUGCUGCAGAUUAUUGUGGAAGAGUCCAGAUCAGCUUUUACUGCUGGCUUGGAGGAAGAUACGGCUGCCUGGGUGGAGCCCUACCUACUGAGAGCCUCAGGGUUCAGUCGGCUGCUGGGAGUCUGGAGCAGUGGCCAUGCAGUGCAGAGUUUGGUGGAGUUUAAAACCAGCGGAGCUCUGCAGUGGCUCAGCAUCACAGGACCCACAUCACUGUUGGAACUAACAGGACUAGCUCAGGCUGUUCGUGAGGGAAGGACCUUUAGAUCAUCCAAGAUCACCAACAUCACGCUGGGAGGUCUGCAGGGUGAUGUGUGCGACUGGUUACUGCAGUGCCCAGCAGGCUAUAAAUGUGUGUCCCAGCCUGGCACUGCAAACUAUAGCUGUUCCUCUGUCUGCCACUUUGAUUACUGUCACCAUCAUGGCAUCUGCACACACCACCCAGGCCAACUUCCAGUUUGCCGCUGCCUUGUAGGAGAGGACUUCUGGUACAUGGGUCAGAGGUGUGAUGUAAGGAUGACUCGAGCGCGGCUCGUGGGCGCAUGUGUUGCCAUCUUACUCAUCAUGGUGACCGUCAUUGGUGUUCUAGCCCUUGUGGCAGUACGACGCUACCGAGCCAUUCUGAUCCAGGCCAAAGUGGAUCAGACCCGGAGCAGCUAUCGCAGGUUCAACCAUUUUGAUGAGCUGUCAGGCCGGUUCUGGUUACGUUCAUUAGCAGGAUCAGCAGACUCACUGGAUAAUCCUGCUUUUACACGUUCCGAUGAGUUACUGCACCUGCGGGCACUCGACCGCCCCUGCUGUUACCACGACGACACGCUGUCGCUAGCCUCCACCUGCCCCAGCCACGGAACACACAUCAAUACAAUUUACCCCCACAGCUCCCAGUAUGGUUGGAGGGGGAGCGAGAUGAGCAUGGGGGAUGGUGUGUUGGACUCCGGUAAGGCCAGCGACCUUUCAGUCUGUAGCUGGCCAGUGGAACCCAUUCAGUGGACUCCAUUUCCACUUCUGCAGCAACUGGCCUCACACAGGACACCCACAGUGAGGGUGAGAAGGCCACGGUCCUACUGUGAAGGCAUGGAGCUGGUAGACCUGGGGAAGAGUUGGACUGCAUGACUCGCAUAAAGAAGAAUUAAAUCUGUUCUGACACUGGUAUUUGCAGUCAAAUCUUCUUGUUUUGUAAAUAAAUAAAAAUAGUAAAACAGUGUAAAUGUGUGUAGGUUUACAGUAUAUAAUUUUGCUGAAUUGUCGUUACAUUUUCCAGUUUGAUUUUACAAUCUGUUUCUGAUAUGCUCAUUCUGAUGUUAUAUUGUAAAGAUAUCAAAAAACAAAGAAUAUGAAGGCUGUCUAAAUGUCUAUGGCGCAGUCUUAUGUAAUGCUUUAAUAAACUCAGGGCAAGAA